AGCAUCUUUUCUGUUAUAUUAUGUCAAGUUGUGUUAUGAUAGCAAUGUGUUUUGGAAGUUUAGCUAUUACAGUACAUUCCCUGACUCUUAAAACACGAGCCUGUCUGGUAGAAAGGCAGACUUUUCCGCUCACAGCUUUAUGGUUCCCAGGUGCUGAACUUUGCCCUCUAGCACAACAGACUGGAGUUCAUCAAUAUACGAAGUGUGUGGAAAUCUGACAUACAGCAGUCAGAAAUCUUCUCGUGAGCUGCUGUUCUGACAUUUUGUGGCUUUUCUCACUUGUUUUUUUUGUCUACUUACAGGAUUUUUGAAAAGUUUUUUUUUUAAUCUGCCAAAAUGAUCAACCGAAAUACCAAAAAUGUGCUCGUGGUAUCUUUUGGAUUUUUGUUCUUGUUUACGGCGUAUGGAGGACUACAGAGUCUACAGAGCAGUCUAAAUGCUGAGGAAGGAAUGGGCGUUAUCUCACUGAGCGUCAUCUACGGAACCAUCAUUCUGUCCUCCAUGUUCCUGCCUCCCAUCAUGAUCAAAAACCUGGGCUGUAAAUGGACCAUCUUCAUCUGCAUGGCCUGCUACAUCAGCUAUUCCUUUGGAAAUCUCUUUCCUGGAUGGCCCAGUCUGAUCGCUACAUCUGCUAUUCUGGGUUUGGGAGGCUCUCCACUUUGGUCUGCUAAGUGCACGUACCUUACAAUCAGUGGGAAUGAACAGGCGGAGAAAAAAAACAAGAAAGGCCAGGAUAUCAUAAACCAAUACUUUGGCCUUUUCUUUCUUAUCUUCCAGUCGUCUGCCGUUUGGGGAAACCUCAUGUCAUCACUUAUAUUUCGACAAGACGCUAACAUAGCUGAAAUCCCUGAGGAGAGACUGCAGUUCUGUGGUGCUGCCCUGUGCAAUGAGAACUUCACCACCUCGGGGAACUUCACACGACCGGAGCAGAAUCUCGUAAACAUACUGAUGGGCUGCUACAUUGGUGUGGGGGUUCUGGCGAUGGUCCUUGUGGCAGUUUUCCUGGACAACAUUGAUGGAAAAGAUGCAAAGGAUUUUCGCAAGGACAAAGGCAACCAAACAUUCUGCAGUACCUUCCUGGCCACGUUCAGGCUUUUAGGAGAUAAGAGGCUGUUAAUGCUCAUUCCCUUGACUAUGUACAGUGGAUUCGAGCAAAGCUUCCUCGCCGGUGAAUACACAAAGAAUUAUGUGACCUGUGCAAUAGGAAUCCAUUAUGUUGGAUUUGUAAUGAUCUGCUUUGGCGCUGUGAAUUCGCUGAGCUCUUUCUCAUUUGGGAAGCUUGCGCAGUACACCGGGAGGAUCCCCCUCUUCUGUUUUGCCGCUGUGAUAAACCUGAGUUCUGCGAUAGCUCUGCUGUACUGGAGGCCUCAUCCGGACGAGCUGCCUGUCUUCUUUGUGUUUCCUGCUCUCUGGGGUGUGGCAGAUGCUGUGUGGCAAACACAAACCAACGCAUUGUACGGCACUCUGUUCCCUCACCACAAGGAGGCAGCAUUCGCUAAUUAUCGCAUGUGGGAGUCUUUGGGCUUCGUGAUAGCCUUCGCGUACAGCACGUUCAUCUGUCUGUCCACCAAACUCUACAUCCUCAUCUCAGUCCUUUUGCUGGCCAUGCUGACGUACUUCUGGGUAGAGUACAAUGAGUACAAGCAUCCCACUCCAGCAGUGAAACGCAUCACAGACAAGCUGGACCUUAAUGACACAGAGAAAACCCAGAACAUUAUUAGUCAGACAAGAUUAUAGGCAAGAAUAUGAUGAAACAAAGAAUAGAAUCUGUUUUUUUUUUUUAUUAUUAUUAUUAUUUUUUAUAGGGUGGCAGCUAAGGCAUGAAUGGUGGCUUCGUUACUCAUAGCUAACCUCUUUGCAGUUAUAUAAUUAAAUUUUGUAGUUAUAAACAUAAAACCUACAAAUAACCAUAUAUGGACAUUCCGUGCAAAUUCUUAUAAGGAUGUCAAUAAACCUAUAAUGUAUGGUUCUAAAAAUAAAUCAUGAAUGAAUAAAUCCCUGUAACAUUAGGAAUUUCUUUCUCUCAAAAAUAAUGAAACGAGAGAGAACCAUAUUGUACAGUAAAUUAACUUGAGUGGAACAUUCAGUGCUAGCUGGGAGCUUACAGCGGGCAUUUUCGGACACUGUUUAAGUAAAACAACCACUUUAACUGAAACUGUCACUCACGGAAUGGGCUUUGACGUGUUCAGCUCCCAUCAACGGAAAUUCUAUGAUUAUAGAGUCACUUAGAGGUUUACAGUAGCAAAUGAAAAAUUGCAGUGGUAACUGCAGUGGUAAGGCCUUUCUGGAUGAG